AUAAUUAAAAUUUAGUGAUUUCUCCUUUCGUUCAAAUUAAGUUGGUACCAUUUUUGACAUUUAAUCGUCUUCUCCAAUUUAAUAUUAUUUAUAUAUUUUAUUAUUUAUAAAAGAAUGAAGCACAAAAAAAAAUUAAGAUUCACCCCUUCAAAUGAUUCCACACAAAGCGAUUAUAAUCCUUACAAAAAUCGUCAUCUUCCUAACCCAACAAACGACGUCGAAUCUUUAGCACACAUAUUAAAGGGGAUUUUGGGAACUGGAAUGGUGGCCCUCCCUGAAGGUUUUUGUUAUGCUGGAGGAGCAAUGGCAAUAAUCUACUCAUUUUUAAACGGGAUUUUAUGCACAAUGGGGAUGCACAUUUUAAUUUAUGGAUUUUACAACGUUUGCUGCUUUUAUCACCUUCCUGUGGUAACAUACACCAACGCAAUGAAAUUAGGGAUGCAAUUAGGCCCAGAAAAAAUCUCGAGAUAUAACGAAAUAUUAGCGAAAAUUACAGAUUUCUUUAUCGUUUUUUAUCAAUGUGGAGUAAUUUGCAUUUAUAUCCUUUUUGUAUCGGUUACUUUACAACGAGUAACUAAUAAUGUGUUGGAUAAAGAAAUUCCGUUGGGAUUUUACAUGCUAAUAAUGGUAAUUCCAUGCAUGUUAAUUAAUUCGUUGAAGGAUUUAAACAUUUCGGUUCCAUUUUCUUACCUUUCAUUAUCGAUAACGUGCUUUGUGGUGUACUUAAUUUUUUAUUAUUGCUUACGAGAUGGUUUACCCGAUUAUAAAACAACGAGGCAUUAUUACAGCGACAUCAAAAAGUUACCAAUGUUCUUCGGAACGACCGUUUAUUCGUUUACAAGCGUCCCCGUUGUUGUUUCGGUUGAAAAUAACAUGAAAAACCCACAAAAUUUCCAUAAAAUUUAUAAUUUGGGAGUUGGAUUUAUUAUUAUUUUAUAUUUGAAUUUGGGAUUUUUUAGUUAUUGGAGAUGGGGCGAUGAUUUACAAAGUGCAGUUAAUCUAAAUUUCCCACAAAACGAAUUGCUAGCUAAGCUGGGGAAUUAUGGCUAUGCUUUGGCUAUUUUCAUUUCAAUUGGUUUAAAUGGUAUAAUUCCAGUUCAAUUACUUCUAAAAACAUCAGUAAUUAAGGAAUUUAAAGAUUCUGGGCACCCGAUUCUUUGGGAGUACGUUUUAAGAAUCGGGAUUAUUGUUGUUUGCUUUUUUAUGGCGAUUACUAUCCCAUUGAUUGGAGAAUUAAUUUCGUUGUUGGGGGCAAUAGCUUUAUCGAAUUUAGCUUUUAUCUUCCCUGGAAUUUUAGAUUUAUCUUGUAGAUACAAGACGGGUUAUGGAAGAUUUAAAUUUUGGGUCAUAAUCGAUUCUUUAUUAAUUAUUUGGGGCGCUUUUGGCUUAUUAAGUGGAAUUUACGUUAAUAUUAAGGAAAUUUCAAUGAAAAUCUCAUUUAAAAAUUGAUAGCUUUUUAACCAACUUCACAUCAAUGAUUACAGAUUCCUGCAAAAAGAAUUAAAUAAUAAAAUUAUUUAUCAACAAAUUGUUAAAUCACAUGACGAUUAACAUUAAGAUGAUUAAGUUUUAAAACAAACAGAUAUUCGGAUAACUAACAAAAUUGAAGAAUUGUUCUACUUGGUAAAUAUAACCCCAAAAUUUUAGGUAU